ACUCACCUCUGCUCUGUUACCAACCGUACGUCUUGUCUGUCAAUAGUCAGAGUACCUGCAGCAGAUCUAAAAUGAGUUCUGAGAAGGUGCGCAUGCCGUACGGCUCGCCGGUGUCUGAGAGAGUCUCCCGCCGUGAGCGCGCGGCCGGCCAGCUCGGGUCGGUCCUGGGUGUGGUGGGGGCGACUGCGGUGUUCGCCUCCGCUGUGGUGCUGGCAGUGGUCUUUCACAACAUGCACCAACAGAUCAACAACAUGGCCGACAAGGUCCAAAAUUUUAACAGCAUGGUGGAGAAGAUUACCAACUUGGAGCAUGAGAUAGCGAACAGCAACGCACGACAUGAAAAGGAGAUGAGCAACAUGGAGCAUGAGAUAGCGAAUAGCAACGCACGACAUGAGAAGGAGAUCAGCAACAUGAUGAUAGAAGUGGGGAAUCUAAAAGCAAGAGCUGAAAGAGAUCAACAGGAGACCGUAGCCCUGAGGGAGAGGGUGGCCGUGCUGGAAUCACAGAAUCGUGCCAUGAAUUUCCAACCAGACCUCCAAGAGCAACAAACUAAUACCGGUUCUGUGCUGAACCCCCAGGCUGAUGACGUCACUGUUGUUGACAGCGAGCUGCCGAGUAAGAACGACAGUGUGGGGGGACUUCUGCGCAGACGCAAGAGAGCCGUGUCCACUCCAAAUUGGGUUCGAGUUCCCAUUGGACCUUCGGGCUGUCAGUCCGGACGAGACGGACGCGAUGGAAUACCUGGUGCCGCUGGCAUUCCCGGUGCUGCUGGGCCACCAGGACCUAAGGGGGAGCCUGGUAUAGGCCAGAAGGGAGACAUGGGAUCCGUCGGUGCACAAGGUCCUGAGGGCCAGAAAGGAGCCAAGGGUUACAUCGGUGUGCGAGGCCUACAGGGUCCGAAAGGAGACAAGGGAGACAUCGGUGUACGAGGCCUACAGGGUCCGAAAGGAGGCAAGGGUGACAUCGGUGUGCGAGGCCUGCAGGGUCCGAAAGGAGGCAAGGGUGACAUCGGUGUACGAGGCCUACAGGGUCCGAAAGGAGGCAAGGGUGACAUCGGUGUACGAGGCCUACAGGGUCCGAAAGGAGGCAAGGGAGACAUCGGUGUGCGAGGCCUGCAGGGACCGAAAGGAGACAGGGGUUCCACCGGUCUGCAGGGUUCUAAAGGCCAAAAAGGAGACAGAGGCUCCACCGGUCUGCAGGGCUCUAAAGGCCAAAAAGGAGACAGAGGCUCCACCGGUCUGCAGGGCUCUAAAGGCGUGAAAGGAACCACAGGAUCCACAGGUCCUAAAGGACCAGGAGGCGCUGUUUAUGUUCGCUGGGGUAGGACGACUUGUCCCUCAGGAGCAACAAAAGUCUACAAUGGGUAUGCAGGAGGCACACAUUACAGCCACCACGGCGGCGGAACCAACUACCAGUGUCUGCCGACCGACCCACAGUGGGGACGGUACCAAGAUGGAGUCCAACAGAACCACGGGAGGGCUUUCAUGUACGGCGCUGAGUACGAGUUGAACACAAACGCCCCGUUCGGCUCCACCUCCCUUCACGAUGACGACGUCCCGUGUGCGGUCUGCUACGUCCCAACCCGCGGCAGUAAGUUAAUGAUCCCCGCCCGUAACACCUGUUAUAGCGGCUGGACCCGCGAGUACCAUGGCUACCUCAUGGCUGGUGACUACACUCACGUCGGGUCUAAAGAGUACGUCUGUGUGGAUGAGCAGCCUGAGGCCGUACCGGGCGGACACGUUAACCAUAACGGAGCGCUGUUCUACCCCGUGGAAGCCCGCUGUGGGUCCCUGCCGUGUCCCCGCUACGUGGAAGGGAGGGAACUCACCUGUGUCGUCUGCACUAAAUGAACAUAAAACCCGCUUUAAUUCAAGCCUGUCCCAAGAAUCCCAAAGAAAGUCACAGGCACCUAAAAUACACGACAUUUAAGAAAAAAACUGGAACUCAUUUGUUAGGGGUGGGCAACAUUUCAGCAGUCCAUGGAGACAUUUCUAGGCCAGAAAUUGAUGAAUAAACCCUGGUGAUGUUUUAUUGAGAUGCGAAGAUAGAAAUCGAAUUCUUCCCCAAGGAAUGAUAAGACUUGCACAAUAGUUUUUACUAUAAAUGUAAUGAUAAAACUACUAAGACUACUAAAGCUUUAC